AGCGGUGGUUGGGCAGCUUCGCAGUACAGUAUUGAAAGCGACGCGUUAGCACGUGAAUUUGUCCGGAACAAGCGUAUAGCAUUUGAGUGUUUUUAAGCAACCACAGUAAGCACAACUGCACAAUGGCCGACGAUAAGAAGGACUCGAAAAGCUCGGAAUCAGAGCACAUCAAUUUGAAGGUACUCGGACAGGACAACGCUGUUGUUCAGUUCAAAAUCAAAAAGCAUACUCCACUGCGUAAGCUGAUGAACGCCUACUGCGAUCGGGCGGGUCUAUCGAUGCAAGUCGUCCGCUUCCGGUUCGAUGGACAACCGAUCAACGAGAACGAUACCCCGACCACCCUGGAAAUGGAGGAAGGCGACACGAUCGAGGUGUACCAACAGCAAACUGGCGGUGGAAAUCGUCCCAUGCAGUAAGAGGAUGUACGGAUGCCGGAUGACGACGAAUCUGACGCGGCGUCGAGAAGUCACCCCUUUGCAGCCAGCCAAUGACAUCGGAUGGGCCAGCAGUGACAUUAUACUUUAAUCAUAUUUUGUUUAACGCGUGUGCUGAACACGUGAAAUACAUAUUCUGUAA